AUGCCGCUGCGACCAUUGGCAAUGCGCCCUCGAAAGGACACCCUGCAAGCCAAUGGUGUUGAAGGCCAGCAAGUCCUGUUCAUGCAGCAACCUGCUCACACACAACACAUUUUGCUGCCAUCAGUCCAGUACCUGCCCAACCGAGCGGUUGCAACAACACAACAACAAAUCCAAGCGGGUGGGUUAUGGAUUGGAGUCGCCCAGCCCAAUGGCAUGUAUUUCCAACCAAACCAACCCAUUGCUCAAGCCACGUUUCCUAUCGGCGCAGCAGCCCCAAAAUAUGUUGGUCCUAUGUACACCCAAGUUCAAACUACAAAUCUAAACUAUGCUCUUCUUGAAAUGGAUCAUGCCACAACACUCUCUGCAAGGCCAAAUUAUGUGGUGCAUCCUUCUCACUUUAUCCCAAGCAAUGAUUUUAGGCUUGCCCCAGCGCGUGGUAGCAUUUCAGGAAUCAAUGGACAUGGCUAUAUGCAGACCCUGAUGAAGAAUGUGUCCACCAUCGCCAGACCAUGUGCCUCAGUAGGUGCAGUGCUAUUCAAUGUUGCAUCAGUGAAUGCAACCGGGAUGAGUUUUAAUGGAAUUAACAUAGAUACAGGUCUUACGGGUUCAGGGGACAACAGAGAUAAUAUUGAGAACAAGUCGUUGGCUAAUGGUGAUCAAGGAAGCGUUUGUGGGCCUGAUGAUAAGUACAAUGAAACUGAUGAUGACUCUGAUCCCGAGUUUGACGAUGAGGCGGAUAUCACAGAACACAGUGAUUCAAGGAACGAGGAUGACAGCGAUGGCGAUGGCGAUGGCGAAGGUGAUGCUGAUUUUGCAGAAUACAUCGAUCUAGAUGAUAAUCAGGAGGAGUGUGCUGGGUGUGAAGAUGAUCUCGAAGAAUACAAUGGGGCAAAGGCUGAAUCACAUCAAUACAUGGCUGCAUCUACUGAAGAGGAUGAGGAAGAUGACCUGCCUGCCACUCAAACAAACAUUGUAGAAGGGUUUGACCCACGAUGUACAAGCAGUUCGAAGAGAGAGAGGUGCAAGGCUAAGCUACGCCUCCACCGCACCGAGGACCAUGGGUGCGAGAAUUGGUUAUGGAAUUCUCACAGCAAGAUCGAACAGUGCACCAAGGACAUGAUCCGUUACUUGAGAGAAAACAACGUCACUAUCAGCCGGGGGCAUUGCAUCAUGGGAAGCCUGUAUGGCAGCUUGGAUGGUGUUCCAUUUAAUCAGAAAACUCUGUGGUCUGUCUGCGCUGAGAUCGCAAGGGACCAGAAGGAUGAUGAUGUUAUGAAAACACUUUGGGUUUUCAGGCAGAUGCGUGCAGAGGACCCUGGGUUUCAGUUUAGUGUUGAUUUUGAUGAAGAUAAAAGGAUUAAAACCCUGCUGUGGACAAGUGGUAAAAGUAGAAGCCAAUGGAGCCACUUUGGAGGAGAUGUGGUUACUUUUGAUACCACAUACUGUACAAAUCUGUACAAGAUGCCUUUUGGAAUUUUUGUGGGUGUCAACAAUCAUUUCCAGAGUGUAUUGUUUGCUGGCGUGCUUAUGCGGGACGAAACUGCAAGCAGCUUCAAGUGGGUUUUCUACGAGUUUCUCACACUGACGGGUGGCAAGGCUCCAAUGACUAUAUUUACAGAUCAAUGCAAGGCCAUGCAUAACGCAAUCAGGUCAGUGUUCCCUGGUAUUACACAUCUAUGGUGUAAAUGGCAGAUAUUGAAGGAUGCACCAGUAGAACUGGGUACACUAUACAGAAGAAACUCUCCAUUCAGGAGAGAUUUUGACUACAUUAUCAAUGAAAUGCUAACCGAGGAUGAAUUUGAGAGGGCAUGGGCUGAUUUGUUGGAUCGCUACAAACUGCAAGAACACCCUUUCAUGAUCAAGACAUACAACAAGAGGAAGAUGUGGGCGAAGCCAUGGGCAAAAGACAAAUUCUGUGCUCGAAUGGCUAGCACUCAGAGAUCUGAGAGUGCAAACAGCAUGCUAAAAAAGUUUGUCCCAAGAAAUUCUUCAAUGAAUAGAUUUGUUGAGCAGUACAGGAAAUUAUUGUUCAUAUGUGAUAGUGCGGAACACAAGGCAGAGCACCAGACAAAGCAGGUGUUGAUCGAAAGCGGAGUUUCAAAAAUCCCUAUGGCGCACAUAUUGAAGCGCUGGACUUGGGAAGCGAGGGAUUUUGGUUACCAAGAUAUCGGUGCAGACACUAAUGAUGCUUCUGUCACAGAUGAACACCGACACAGUCUGCUGCAUGUUAAUGCUCUGGAGGUUGUUGGCAGAGCCAAGAAUGACAGGCAAAUCCAUGACAUUGCAGCACGACACUUGAAAAGUGCAAUGACAGAGAUUGAGCGCCUAGUUGACUGGAGAAGUAACCAACCAGGGUACUCUUCACCUACAGACAAUGGGUCUGAUUCUGCAUCAGAUGCUGAAGCAGUGAUUGGCAACUCAUAUGGUGCUGCUGGUAUAAGCGCUCGUAUGAGCGACGCAGAGAUAGAAAACAUGCGAGCACCAGCAGUCUGUCUGCCCCAAGGACGUUCAAUAUGCAAUAAGAAACCAUCUGCGCUUGAUAAGGAAGGGCACAAAGGAAAAAGGGUCCCAAUCUGA